UACAAACCAAUAACAGUGGUGAUUACAGCAACAAUAAUGUUUAUCUUAGGUCUACCCUUUACCUGCAAUGGAGGAAUUCAUAUGUUUAAUCUUUUCAAUUCUGCUGCACCUUCCUGGAACCUUCUCCUCUUUGCACUUCUAGAAGUCCUUCUCGUUAGUUGGCUGUACGGGAUUGAUAACUUUAUGGAGAACCUAUACCAGAUGAAUAUAAGGAUGCCCAACUGGCUCAGACUUUACUGGAGGUUUACUUUGUUGUACACGACCCCCAUCAUCCUCGGUAUCCUCCUCCUGGUCUCCUGGAUAAACUCCGGUCAUAUUGGAUACAAUGGGAAGGAUUAUCCAUUCGGGAUACAAGCCCUUGGCUCCCUUGUAACAGGAUCUACGGUAAUCUGUCUCCCCCUAGUGGCAGUCUACAAACUAAAGGAUAAAUACCAAGAAUCUACAGCUAUCCUAGGGAAUCUAGUAAAACCUACCUCUCAGUGGGGUCCGAACAGAGAUGGAUCAAGUGUGGAGAAUCUUGUACCAUAAUCUCAUUACAAGAUACAGGAUCGGUGUGUGGUGAGCUAUCAAUGGAACUAUCUAAGCGGUGUGUGGUGAGCUAUCAAUGGAACUACUUGUCAAUAAAUCAAAUGUGCUGUCUAAACGUUGAUGAUGUGAUCUCAUGGUUUAAUAAUAAAACAUUGUAUAUUA